UUCUAUUGGGUUAAUGUUUGUUGUGGCUGUCCUGUGUGUGUUGGGAGUGUUUUCCGCCGAGUCUGAGAUUUUGCUCUGUUUCUUCUAUCUCUGUCGCUGUGGUUUUUCUUUUAUGCCCAAAAACAGAUUAAAAAAAAAAAGCGGCAACAGUGGAAGAAGAAGAAGCAAAAUUCAGAAUCCGGUAGCAAAACAGAAACAAAUGCAGUAACUGUUAACAAGCUUGAGUUGUGUGUUCUAGGUAAAGAGUUGAGAGUUGAAGUGACUCCCUCGCUCGCACGCGUGGGAGUUGGAGAAGACUGAAGAGGGUUGAAUCGGAAUUGAAAAGAAAAAAGGAGCACCAGAAUAAUUUUCUUUGAAAGACAGCGGAAUCUUACAGAAUCACACUACAGGAUUUGUGGUUUUUGCACCACGCUUCACUUCUCUAACUCCAAGUUUCGACCUGUUGAAUCCGAUUUUUAAUUUUUAUUUCCUUAUCAAAUUGAAGUUUUAGUUUUUAGGGGAUAUGGAGGGUGGGAAUAGGGUUCCGGGGUCAGGGGAGGGUGACCCUUCUUACUGGCUGGACGCCUGUGAGGACAUAUCAUGUGAUUUCAUUGAUUUUGAUGUGUCUUCAAUUGUGUCUGAGCAGCCUGACAACGCUUCCAACCAGGAUUUCUUUGGUGGGAUUGAUCGAAUCCUUGAUAGCAUAAAGAAUGGUGGUGGCCUCCCGCUUGAUGCCGAAUCCAAUUCCAAUGCUACACAACAACCAUGAGUUUUGGUUGGUUGUUUUGUGGAAAACGGAGGCCUGAGCAGAGGGCGCGAUCAGUUGAGGGAAUAUGAUGUUGAUGGUGAAGAGAGAUACUGCAAAAGGGCGAGGCUUGGCAACUAUAAGAAUGACAGGCAUUAUUCUGGUAGAGUUAAUUAUCAAUUCAAGGAGAAAGAGAGGUGUUUUAAUAGGAAGAGGCCUCGGGAUAGUAGAGAUGAGAUUGAUGUUAGGAGGGACAAAGAUAGUAGCAGGAAAAAAGAACAUUAUGGCAAUUGUGGCUGGAGAGAUGUUAGAGAUAGGGAUUGGAGGGAUAGAGAGCAGAGGGGUUACUGGGAGAGGGAUAAAUUGGGUUCUAAUGACAUGGUUUUUCGCGUGGGCACUUGGGAAGCCGGUAGGGAUCGAGAAGAGAAAAUGGCUAAUGACACAAAACAGGAAAGCAAUGGAAAGCUUGACAAGACAUCUGAGGAGGCUAAGGAGAGGGUUCCUGAGGAGAAAGCUAGACAGUAUCAAUUGGAUGUUCUUGAGCAGGCAAAGACGAAGAAUACUAUAGCUUUUCUUGAAACCGGAGCAGGGAAGACCCUCAUUGCAGUUCUUCUCAUCAAAAGUAUACACGAGAGUUUGCAAAAGCAAAAUAAAAAAAUGCUUGCAGUAUUUUUAGUUCCAAAAGUCCCACUUGUUUACCAGCAAGCUGAAGUAAUUCGUGAGCGGACUGGCUAUCAAGUGGGUCAUUACUGUGGAGAAAUGGGUCAGGAUUUCUGGGAUGCUCGAAGGUGGCAGCGUGAAUUCGACACUAAACAUGUCUUAGUCAUGACAGCUCAAAUUCUUCUGAACAUCUUGAGGCAUAGCAUCAUUAAAAUGGAAGCAAUCAAUCUCCUAAUUCUUGAUGAGUGCCAUCAUGCUGUUAAGAAACAUCCAUAUUCGCUGGUGAUGUCUGAGUUCUACCACACAACUCCUAAAGAGAACAGGCCAUCUGUAUUUGGAAUGACUGCUUCUCCUGUAAACUUGAAGGGAGUCUCCAGCCAAGUAGAUUGUGCAAUAAAAAUUCGAAAUCUUGAGAGCAAGCUGGAUUCAAUAGUUUGUACCAUUAAAGAUCGCAAGGAGCUGGAGAGACAUGUGCCCAUGCCCUCUGAAGUUGUGGUGGAGUAUGACAAAGCCGGCAGUUUAUGUUAUCUACAUGAGCAAAUAAAGCAGAUGGAGGUUGAAGUUGAAGAAGCUGCAAAAUCGAGUUCAAGGAGAAGCAAAUGGCAGUUUAUGGGAGCUAGAGAUGCUGGCGCAAAAGAGGAGCUGCGACAAGUAUAUGGUGUUUCUGAGAGAACAGAAAGUGAUGGAGCUGCAAACCUAAUUCAGAAGUUGAGAGCUAUCAAUUAUGCACUUGGUGAACUGGGGCAGUGGUGUGCAUUUAAGGUUGCCCAAUCUUUUCUAGCAGCUUUGCAGAAUGAUGAAAGGGCUAACUACCAACUAGAUGUCAAGUUUCAGGAAUCUUAUCUUAGCAAAGUUGUCUCUCUUCUGAAAUGUCAGUUGUCAGAGGGUGCAGUUUCUGACAAACAUGCUGAAGUUGAUGACUCAAAGCAUGAAACAACUUGCAAUGGGACUGAACCUGAAGAGAUUGAGGAAGGAGAACUUCCAGACAGUCAUGUUGUCUCUGGUGGGGAGCAUGUGGAUGUCAUAAUAGGAGCAGCUGUAGCUGAUGGGAAGGUGACCCCCAAGGUGCAGGCACUCAUCAAAAUACUACUGAAGUAUCAGAACACAGAAGACUUCCGUGCAAUCAUCUUUGUUGAGCGUGUUGUGUCUGCAUUAGUUCUACCGAAGGUCUUUGCAGAGCUCCCAUCUCUUAGUUUUGUGAAAUGUGCAAGCUUGAUUGGUCACAACAAUAGUCAGGAAAUGCGGACCUACCAAAUGCAGGAUACAAUUGCCAAGUUCCGUGAUGGGAGGGUUACAUUGUUAGUUGCUACUAGUGUUGCUGAAGAAGGGCUUGAUAUCCGGCAAUGCAAUGUCGUUAUUCGCUUUGACCUUGCAAAGACUGUUCUGGCAUACAUUCAAUCUAGGGGUCGUGCUAGAAAGCCUGGGUCUGAUUACAUCCUGAUGGUUGAGAGGGGAAAUUUGUCACAUGAAGCAUUCCUUAGGAAUGCAAGAAACAGCGAGGAGACCUUACGCAAAGAAGCAAUAGAGAGAACAGACCUUAGUCAUCUGAAAGACACUUCAAGAUUGAUUUCAGUAGAUACCCGACCGGGAACAGUUUACCAGGUCAAGUCAACCGGGGCAGUUGUGAGCUUAAAUUCUGCUGUAGGUCUUAUCCACUUCUACUGUUCCCAACUACCAAGCGACAGGUAUUCAAUUCUUCGCCCUGAGUUUAUCAUGGAGAAGCAUGAAAAACCAGGAUGUCCCACUGAAUAUUCUUGCAAGCUUCAACUACCUUGUAAUGCGCCAUUUGAAAAUCUUGAGGGUCCUAUCUGCAGUUCAAUGCGUCUGGCACAACAGGCUGUUUGUCUGGCUGCUUGCAAGAAAUUGCAUGAGAUGGGAGCAUUCACUGACAUGCUAUUGCCGGACAAAGGAAGUGGGGGAGAAAGAGAAAAGGCUGAGCAAAAUGAUGAAGGGGAUCCACUUCCAGGGACUGCUAGACACAGGGAGUUCUAUCCUGAAGGUGUGGCUGACACACUGAAGGGAGAAUGGAUCUUAUCUGGAAAAGAUGCUUACAACAAUUCCAAAUUGUUUCAUCUUUAUAUGUAUUCCGUGGAGUGCGAAAAUGUAGGAAUUUCAAAGGAUCCGUUCUUAACUCAAGUUUCAGAUUUUGCAGUACUUUUUGGCAAUGAGCUGGAUGCAGAGGUGUUAUCGAUGUCAAUGGAUCUAUUUAUCGCUCGAACUGUGACUACAAAGGCAUCUCUUGUCUUUAGAGGGUCAAUAGAUAUCAGUGAGAGUCAGUUGGCGACCCUGAAAAGCUUUCAUGUACGGUUAAUGAGCAUUGUCUUGGAUGUGGAUGUUGAACCUUCUACCACUCCUUGGGAUCCCGCAAAAGCAUAUUUAUUUGUCCCAAUGAUUAGCGAUAAGUCUGUAGAUCCUGUGAAACAAAUUGACUGGUUUAUGGUCGAGACAAUAAUUGGAUCGGAUGCAUGGAAAAAUCCCCUCCAGAAGGCUCGGCCAGAUGUUUACCUUGGUACUAAUGAGAGAACUUUAGGUGGAGACAGAAGGGAGUAUGGAUUUGGAAAAUUGCGUCAUGGCAUGGCGUUUGGGCAAAAAGCACAUCCAACCUAUGGAAUCAGAGGAGCUGUAGCCCAGUUUGAUGUGGUAAAAGCUUCAGGAUUGGUUCCUAACAGAGAUGCCAUCCAAACACAAAAACAUAUCAGUUUGACGACCAAAGGAAAAUUGAUGAUGGCGGAUACUUGUACUAACGCAGAGGAUCUGGUUGGGAAAAUUGUAACUGCUGCACACUCUGGGAAGAGGUUUUAUGUUGAUUCAAUACGUUAUGAUAUGUCUGCAGAAGAUUAUUACAAGCAAAAGUAUGGGGUUGAUUUGAUUUACAAGCAUCAACCGCUUAUAAGAGGGCGUGGUGUGUCAUACUGUAAGAAUCUUCUUUCCCCUCGAUUCGAACACAGUGAAGCACAUGAAGGAGAAUCUGAAGAAUCUCAUGACAAAACAUAUUACGUGUUCCUUCCUCCUGAACUAUGCCUAGUACACCCUCUUCCUGGAUCACUUGUUCGGGGUGCCCAGAGAUUGCCUUCAAUCAUGAGGAGGGUUGAAAGUAUGCUACUUGCAGUUCAGCUUAGGAAUAUGAUAAAUUAUCCUGUGCAGGCUUUGAAGAUCUUGGAGGCCUUGACUGCUGCAUCUUGUCAGGAGACAUUCUGCUAUGAAAGGGCAGAGCUUCUUGGAGAUGCUUACCUGAAAUGGGUCGUUAGUCGAUUUCUUUUCCUAAAAUACCCGCAGAAACAUGAGGGCCAACUUACUAGGAUGAGGCAACAAAUGGUCAGCAACAUGGUUUUAUAUCAGUAUGCAUUAAGUAAAGGCCUUCAAUCAUAUAUUCAAGCAGAUCGCUUUGCCCCAUCAAGAUGGGCGGCUCCUGGGGUGCUGCCUGUCUUCGAUGAGGAUACCAAGGAUGGAGAGUCAACUUUAUUUGACCAGGAUACAUCCAUUUCUAACACUGAGAGAAUGGAUUGUCACACUGAUGAAUAUGAAGAUGAGCUGGAAGAUGGUGAGCUUGAGAGUGAUUCAAGUUCUUACAGAGUACUGUCCAGCAAGACACUUGCUGAUGUUGUGGAAGCACUCAUUGGUGUAUAUUAUGUCCAAGGAGGUAAGCGUGCCGCUAACCACCUUAUGAAAUGGAUUGGCAUUCAGAUAGAGUUUGAUCCUGCUGAUGAGAUGGACUGUGCAAGAAAGCCUUUCAAUGUUCCAGAGAGCAUACUUAGGAGUGUUGAUUUUGAUGCAUUAGAAGGUGCUUUGAAUAUGAAGUUUAAAGACAGGGGGCUUCUGGUAGAAGCCAUUACUCAUGCGUCCAGACCAUCAUCAGGAGUAUCCUGUUAUCAGCGGUUGGAAUUUGUUGGUGAUGCAGUUUUGGACCAUCUUAUUACCAGGCAUUUGUUUUUCACUUACACAAAUUUGCCACCGGGACGAUUGACUGACCUUCGGGCUGCUGCUGUAAAUAAUGAAAAUUUUGCUCGUGUUGCAGUUAAACACAAUCUUCAUGUGCAUCUCCGACAUGGGUCUAGUGCCUUAGAAAAGCAGAUCAAAGAAUUUGUCAAGGAAGUUCAGGAUGAAUUGUCAAAACCGGGAUUUAACUCCUUUGGCCUGGGAGACUGCAAAGCUCCCAAGGUCCUUGGUGACAUUGUUGAAUCUAUUGCUGGCUCCAUUUUUCUUGAUAGUGGAAGGGACACUACUCUCGUUUGGAAGGUUUUUCAGCCUCUAUUGCAUCCCAUGGUUACACCAGAGACUCUGCCAAUGCAUCCUGUGCGUGAGCUGCAAGAGCGAUGCCAGCAGCAGGCCGAAGGCUUAGAAUACAGAGCAAGUCGUGUUGGCAAUCUGGCCACUGUUGAAGUAUUCAUUGAUGGCGUGCAAGUUGGGGCCGCUCAAAAUCCACAAAAGAAAAUGGCUCAGAAAUUAGCUGCCAGAAAUGCCCUAGCUGCUUUGAAAGAAAAGGAGGUGGCAAAGAAUCAGAAGAAUGAUGAAAAUGGGAAAAAGAAUGGAAACCAAACAUUUACCAGACAAACAUUAAACGAUAUUUGUUUGCGAAGAAAUUGGCCUAUGCCAUUCUAUCGAUGUGUGAAUGAGGGUGGUCCAGCACAUGCGAAGCGUUUCACAUUUGCGGUGCGCGUCAAUACUACUGAUAGAGGAUGGACAGAUGAAUGUGUUGGAGAGCCAAUGCCCAGUGUCAAGAAGGCCAAAGACUCUGCUGCUGUUCUUCUCUUAGAACUACUAAAUAAAUUAUACUCAUGAAAGAUGGAGUGAGUGGUUAUUCUCAUUCUAUUUUUUCUAAACAUUCAACAAUUCUUAUAUACCAUGUUUCAGUCAUUCAGUGAAUACUUGAAUAAAUAAACAGCAGCAAAAUCUACAACUGUGCUGUAUCAUCUCUGAUUCCGCUGAUAAAAGUACACAAGAGAUGAUAGUAUGUAUGACCCUCAAGUCCUCAACUCUUCUAAGUUAUGAUUAAUGUUUAUGAGCACUUACCAAGGCCAGUCUUUCCAACAGAGGAUGGGAAACAGCCAACUAUGUAGUCUUUGAUUGUUUUUUAGAGCUCAUAUUAUAGGUAACCUGUCGACACUGUCACUGAAAAUGAUAGUAUUAUUUAUACUUCUAUCAACUAAAUUGCCCACAUCUUAAUCCAAUAACAAAUCGUUAGUGAUA